GAAGCACGCGUCCCCAGCUCUCGCUUCCGGGUCAUAGGUGAAACACCAGGUGGACCUUCCCACGUGGAGGGAAACGAAAAAGAAGCACCGUGGGAACCGGCAGCGUCCCAGGUUUAAAAAAUGACAUCCCUCGCUCACCAGCUUAAGCGCCUUGCGCUCCCUCAGAAUGACCCCAGUCUCUUGUCUCGAAGUGAAGUAGCAUCACUACUGUUUGACUGUAAGGAAGCUGCCAAUAUUGACAGGGAUACAUUUUUUGCAAUAGGGUGCACUGGGCUAGAUGAGCUGAUGGGGAUUGAUCCUUCCUUUGAGAUUUUUCAGCCGACACUUUUCAGUCAAAAGUCCAAAGGUUUGGAACGCAGUGUCCAAACAAAGGCAGUAAACCAGCAGCUGGAUGAAAAUAUUUCAUUGUUCCUGAUUCACUUGUCUCCUUACUUCAUGCUCAAACCAGCGCAGAAGUGCCUGGAGUGGCUGAUUCACAGGUUCCAUAUUCAUCUGUACAACCAGGACAGUUUGAUUGGCUGUGUUUUGCCCUAUCAUGAGACGAAGUUGUUUGUGCGAGUUAUCCAGCUUCUGAAAAUUAGUGACCCAACUCAAAGGUGGCAUUGGCUGUAUCCGAUUCAGAAACCAGGAGUCCCUCUUGCAAGGGGAACUUUGAUCACACACUGCUACAAAGACCUGGGUUUCAUGGAUUUCAUAUGCAGUCUAGUGACAAAAUCUUUAAAGGCCUUUUCACUAUAUCCAGGGAACUUAUCACAAUUGAGAGUCCUGUUUACUUUUUAUGCCUCUACAAUUGUGUCUGCUCUUGUGGCUGCAGCACGUAUAACAGACUCUCUAGUUUCGAGGCUGCUUCCUUAUAUCCAAAAGGGUUUGAAGUCGACAUUGGUGGAUUACAGAGCAGCAACCUACAUGAUUAUAAGCCAGUUGGCUGUGAAGAUGACAAUGGAAGUAUCUCUGGUUCGUUCCCUGGCGUUGCAAAUCAGCAAGACUUUGACCAAAACACCCUCUCUUAUCAAAGAGGGCUUAGGCUGCCUCAUCAUCCUGCUACAGAGUCAGAAGGAGGAAGGGCUUGGGAAAAAGCCGUUUACCUAUCUGUGUAAUGUUCCCAAUGUGAUUGCCAUCCUUCAUGAAAUUUCAGCAGCUCACGAUGUCAGUCCAAUUUUGCAUUACCUCUUGCGACACCUAGUUCAAUCAGUUAUUUAUGGAAAAACAGAAAUGGAAGAGAAAUCUGACUUGGUUGGUUAUGAAACCUCCAUAAAACAUCUAGAAGCUAUAGUUACAAGUAUACCUUUAGAAAAAGAUUUGGAUCGUUUAUUGGCCUGUAAAUUUCUGGAAGGGUAUAUCUCGUAUGGUGUAGAGAGUGACUCUGAUCCUGGCAAAAUGGCUGAGAUGAAUAAGCAGCUGCUUCCUCUAAUCAGGCUUUUUGAAAGAAAAUAUUCUGCAACACUAGAUUUGGUACUGGAGGAAUAUCUGAAAGAUGUUAGAAAUCAGAAGGAGCAGGAUCUCUUCCACCAGUUUAUUUCUCUUUCCGUGAGUGGUGGUAAAUACCAGUUUCUAGAAGAUUCCGAUACGUCUCUGUUGCUUAGCCUGAAUCAUCCGCAGCCAGCGGUCAGAGUACUGGCUGUUCAGCAAUUGAAAGAAAUCAUUCAAGCAUCAAAGGAAGGCUUUGACGACUCCUUUAUAGAAGAGGCAAUUUUAGCACGACUUAAGGAUGAUAAUCUAGAUGUGAUUAUGUCAUCUCUUGGUACAUUGGAGACCUGGUUGCUUAAUUCAAAGACUUUUGAUGAACAAAUUGGCUUCAGUCUGUUGUGUCUUUUUGAAAGAGCUGACCUCUCAAAGGAUGAAAAAUGGUGCAAGAUCCUGGAGGCUGCAAUACACCUUUUAAUCAAAGAAGAGAUUCUUAAAGAGAAUAAAGAGCUCUUAAACCAAUUAGUCCUAAAAGCGCUGCCAUUUAUAGUUAUAACUAGCUGUGAUUCUAACUCUGCCGAAUGGAAAGUGGCACUUUGUGUAGCAGAUUCUGGUCUUUGCUCCCUACAUCCUUUGCUGAAAGGCUGGCCAAAAGCUUUCAAAAACGUGGUUAAAGUUUCUAAGUCAGAAGACGUGAUAGGUGCAUCCAAUGCAAAACUGAUCAGCCUCUUGACAGAGAACCUAAAUUCACAGGAUUCUUCCUUCACUUUACAAAUGGUGGAAGGUCUCAUCCGUAUUGCUGAGGAGUCUCAUUCAGGGCUACAGAAGAUAACCGCUCACAUUAUCAGCUCUGUUCUUGUCCAGUCCUGCUGCAGUAGAUCGCAAGCAGAAGAGUGUCGUUUGUCACUGGCUUUGAAGGUCUUCUAUCUUUUGAGGAGAAAAGUACAAAAAUUUGAAGACACUUACCAUGCAGAGGCAUUUCUCUGCGAUUUCACAUCUGCUCUUAGUGACCUGCUCUUAGAGGCAUUAACAACAUAUAUACAAAAGUUAAAUGCUGGAGAAGCUGUGGCUGUAGAAGAUUCUGUCUUGCUCGUCGUUUGGCUCAGAAGCUUUAUUCAAGGCCUGCUGCCUCCAGAUUCCUUUUUGAAAGAGUUGUGGUGGAACCCUGAAACUUUAAGUGAAGCGAGCAAAAACUACUUACACCUGCUGUUGGAGCUCUUUGACAUUCUGGUCCGUGGAGCCAGUGAGGGAAUCUAUGCUGAUCAUUUUCGUGCAAUGAUGAAACUUCUGUUUCAGGUACAUUUGAAAAAUCCAGAGCAUGAAUUCAGAUUCCUCUCAGUCUUAUGGACGUACAGUUACAACCUUUCAAAUCAGCUGAACGUUGUGAUGGAUGCCGUGCAACAGACUCGGGCUUUGUACAUUGGGCAUGCCAUGCUUGCAUCGCAGUCUGUGCAGAGGAAAAAACAACUGACAUCAGCAAACUCCCCAGUGGUCAUAGCUUUGCUGAUCAAUUUGGGAAGUCCUGUGAGAGAAGUACGAAGAGCUGCUGUAAACUGCCUUCAUUCCUUAAGUGAAGUAAAAGAAUCUGUAUUUCAUCAAAUCAUUCAUAAUUUAGUGCAGAAAGCUGAGGAGAUAAUAUCUGACCAAAAUUACAUAAACCAGUGCCUUCAUAAUUUGUUUGAAGUACAACAAACUCAACACAAGCAAAAGACACAGCAGCAGAAGUUGUCAGGAGCACUGGAAGCAUUACUUAAGUGUGUGCAAACUACCAAAUGUCCUUCAUACGUUGCAAGGAACCUGAUGAAAAUUCUUCAUGAAGUCAACGGCCAGGUGGUGCUUUCUUACCUGCUGCCUGUCCUGGAUCGAUUAUUGGAGAAAGCUCUUAAGGGAUCGGAGGGGAUGUUAAAAGAUGAAGCUCUUCUUCUGCAUCUCAUCCUUGGGAAGUACAAUGAGCAUUCAGCUGCCCUCCUUUGCACAAAUCAGCGCUGUCUGGAUUUGUUCAUCAAAGCACUGCACGUCUCACAGGAAGUCUACAAAGGAUUGACUUUCCAGAUUAGAGCUCUUGGGCAGAUUACAAAACCAUUCUUUGCCGCAUUGCCAGAUGGGAAGGUUCAACAAAAGAUAUUGGGAGUUUUGUUUGAUUUACUGCUAAAUUGCAAAAAUCCACUUUGUGCACAGACCAUCGGCAGUGUUUUUAAAGGGAUUUCAGUUGAUGCUGAGCAAAUUAGUGUGGAAUUGGAACCUUUACCGAAAACUAAGAAUGUAGCUACUGUUCACCAGACAAGAAGGCAGAAGAUGCAGCAGCAGAGAAAAGUUCAGGACCAGGAAUGUGGACAAGAAGAAAGCAGUAUGAACUGGCACAGAGUCACGCUUAUCCUGGAAUUGCUGCAACACAAGAAGAAGCUCAAACACCCACAAGCACUGAUACCUACUCUCUUCAGCCUGCUGGCUAGAUGCCUGGAACCUUCUGCAGAACAUGAAAAUCUGGAAUACACAAAGCAGCUAGUGCUUGGUGGCCUGUUGAACAUUUGCCAGAAACUGUCCCCAGAUGGUACCAGGAUAAAAGCAGGUAUCCUUGAUGAAGAGAAGUUCAAUGUCGAGCUGGUAGUCCAGUGCAUCCGGGUUUCGGAGAUGCCUCAGACCCAUCACCAUGCUUUGCUCUUGCUGGGUGCAGCUGCAGGGAUGUUUCCUGGUAAAGUGUUACACAACAUCAUGCCCAUUUUCACCUUCAUGGGGGCAAAUGUCAUGCGACUGGAUGAUGCUUACAGUUUCCAAGUGAUUAAUAAGACAGUGAAGAUGGUUAUUCCUGCUCUAAUACAGGCCGAGGAAGAUGGCGGUUCUUCAGAAACUCCAGGGAAUGUGGAAGGGGUGGUGGUUAAAAUAAUCCGUGUGUUUGUGGAUGCUUUGCCUCAUGUGCCUGAGCAUCGGCGCCUCCCAAUCCUAGAGCAGCUGAUAAGCACUUUGGGAGGGGAGCGGUUUCUCUGGAUUCUUCUCGUGUUGUUGUUCGAACAGCAUGUGACAAAAUCUGUGGCUGCCGUAGCCAAUGGGGAGAAGGAUGCUGUUUUGGAGACUGAUACGGAAUUCUGGAUUUCCGUAUGCUGCGAAUUUAGCGUAAUCCAACAGUUACAGAGUUUGAUGAAAGUCCUGGGCUAUUUAACAAAGCUGCCAGAGAACAAAGAAGAGGACCCUGGGCAAAAGAAAUCGAGGCUCCCCAAGAAAAAACCACAGAGGCAGGAAACGGAGCUCUUUGAUGUGGAGUCUCACUCUGGCAAACAGCUGAGGCACUUCAAAUUCCUGUCCAUCUCCUUCAUGUCACAGCUCCUAGCUUCACACAGUUUUGUGAAAAUGGUGGUUGAAUGUGAAAACGCUGAGGAGUUAAAGGUCUUUGAGCAAAGAUUGUUGGAAGAAGUUCUUUGCUACAUCAAUGCUGUGGCACAAUCAGUGGAAAAAAAUGCCGACACUCAAACAGCAAAAUUCUGGAGGGCUCUGCUCAAUAAGUCCUAUGACGUUCUGGAUAAGGUCAAUGCCUUGAUGCCAACGGAAACCUUCAUCCCUGUCAUCCAAGGCCUGAUGGCCAACCCACUGCCUUCUGUGAGACGUAAAGCCAUGGACCUCUUGAACAAUAAGCUGCAACAACGCACACAGUGGCAGCAAUCACAAGUUGAGUUGCUGUUAGAAUUGGUUCCCCAUCUCCUCGCAGUUGUGCGGCAUGAUACAAGUGAGGCCAGCGGGGAGCCAGAGCAGGCGAUCAACAGGCAGACGGCGUUGUUCAGCCUGAAGCUGCUGUGCAAGUGUUUCGGCCCAGAAAGGCACGAGCCAUUUGUGCCUGUGCUGAAAACCGCCAUCGACGUGAUUUCUUCGGAAAGGAAAGAAAGAAACGUUGCAGGAAGUGCUUUGCUCUGCGCAGCUGAGGUCACCUGUGUGCUUAAAGCACAGGCCAUACCUCACCUACCAAGGCUAAUGCCAGCAUUGCUGAAAAUACUAAAACACAAAAAGGAGUUGGUUGCCAGUGAAAUUUACUUGCUUAGCUCAGUGACGGCUCUAUUGAAGGUUGUAGAAACCUUGCCAUGCUUUCUCAGUCCGUAUCUCCAGGAUAUUUUGCUGCAGGUGGUCCGUUUGGAAAGAAUUGCCGUUGAAAUGGGCCCUUUAUCUCCUGUUAAUCUACGUGUGACGUCUCUGAAAAACACCCUGGCAACGACACUUCCACCGAGAGUCCUUUUGCCAGCAGUUACGAAAUGUUAUGAUGAAAUUGCAAUUGUUUCUAAGAACAAUCUAGGUGCACUUAUGGAUAUUCUGAAGGAGCAUAUUGUAAUUCUAGAAAAAGACUCACUAGCUGCCCAUCAGUCUGAGCUAACAGCGUUUUUCUUGAAGGCCUUGGACUUCAGAGCUGAGCAUUCUCAGGAUGACCUGGAGAACAUUGGGAAGACGGAGGCUCAUAUUAUUAAGUGCUUAAUCAGCAUGGUUAUGAAGCUUUCUGAAAUGUCUUUUAGACCAUUCUUCUUCAAGCUCUUUGACUGGGCCAAAACGGAGGGAGCCUCUCGGGAGAGGCAGCUGACUUUCUGCCGACUGGCAGAUUGCAUUGCCGAGCAGCUAAAAGGACUCUUCACUCUCUUUGCUGGCCAUUUAGUGAAGCCAUUUGCGGACACACUGAACCAGAUCAAUACUUCCCAAACAGAUGCAGAGGAAGCUUUCUUUGACUCUGAGAACAACACUGAAAAGAGCUGUUUAUUGCUACAGUUCAUCCUUGAUUGUCUCCACAAAAUCUUCCUCUUUGAUUCCCAUCAUUUUGUGAGCAAAGAGAGAGCAGAAACAUUGAUGAUGCCUUUGGUCAAUCAGCUGGAAAAUAUGCUUGGGGGAGAAGAGAGGUUCCAGGAGAGAGUGACAACUCACUUGAUCCCAUGCAUAGCUCAGUUUGCAGUUGCAAUGGCAGAUGACUCUUUGUGGAAGCCACUGAAUUAUCAGAUUUUGCUGAAGAUGAGGCAUGCAUCACCCAAGGUUCGAUUUGCUGCCUUGUUAACUUUGCUAGAACUUGCACAAAAAAUAAGAGAGAACUACAUGGUGCUACUUCCCGAGUCUAUUCCUUUCUUGGCAGAGCUUAUGGAAGAUGAAUGUGAAGAAGUGGAACACCAGUGCCAGAAGACAAUUCAGCAGCUUGAGGUUAUUCUUGGAGAACCACUGCAGAGUUACUUCUAAGACUAUCCAUGGUCUUUUUCUUUUCAUCAUUCUCAAUAAUAUUUAAACAUAAACGGUGAACAUUUUUUUAAUGUUAAACAAGAAUUUUAAUUGUAUACAUUUUUUUCCACUCUGAAUUGUGAUAUUAAAAAAACAUUCAUUUAUAAA